AUGCCAUCCAACGCGGUCGGACAAGACAUGGGCGCUAAUGACGUCAUGAGCGACGCGGCGCACACGCUUGCACCGAGCGCAAUAGAAAAUGAUGUUAAAAUCGAUACAAGAGUUUCAGAGCAUAAUUUGAUAAAAGCUAUGCAACAGCUCCAGAUGUCAUUGAUUGAUCCUAAUGAUAUUCCCAUAUUGCGAUUGAGUGCUAUUCGUCUCAAUGGUCUUAAAAACACACGCCAUGGAUUUUUGUCAUCUCUAUGCAGGCCUUAUGUUGAUCCAACAGCGCCAUUCACAUUCAUGGCGGACUUGAGAUACGGACAUCGCAUGAACUUCCCUCCGCUUGGGGAACCGACGACGGUUCACACCAUUUUACAAGCAGCAACUUCAUUUAGUAGCGAUAUUUCUCGUAUGGAUAUUGCAAAGGAUAUUUCUGUUCAUAUGGAGCCAUCGCGUGUAUCCCAGGAACAUCCUACAGAAGAUGUUGACCUAAUUCUAGACAUAAAGCCAGCAAGUCGCUUUUUCUUGAAGACUAGCACAAGUGUUGGAAACAGUGAGGGUACUGCAUCGAUACAAGGAAAAAUCCGAAACCUUUUCGGAGGAGCUGAGAGUCUUGAAGGAAGUGCUAUGCUUGGGACUCGUACUAAACAUUCUUAUAACCUUGUUUUUGCUUCUCCCGUUUUUGCCUGUCCGGAUCUUUGGGUAAAUGUAUCUGCCGUGUCUCAACAUCGUGAUUUGACUAGCUUCAUCAGCGCUCAUGAAGGCCAACAUAUGCUGCGCUCUGCUCUUAUGUAUGCACAAAACGAUGGUACACGACACGAACUCGCCUAUGAGGCAAGUCACCGCCAUUUCCAUCAUAUGAUGCCUGAUGCAUCUGUUGCAAUUCGGCGGCUUGCCCUGCCUUCUUUCAAGUCUGCAAUAUCAUAUACCGUUGAAAGGGAUUCUCGUGAUAAUACAUUUGCCACAAUGGCGGGCACCUACUUUAGAUCCUUAUGGGAAUACGCAGGUCUUGGUGGCGAUACCUCAUACAUGAAGGUGGAGACGCACUCUAGUGUCUCCGAUAUAUUUGCGGAUGGAUGUUCAUGGUCUCUGGGUGCCAAAUUCGGUAUGAUGGUGCCUUUGAAUGGUCAAACGCCUUGCCUUAAUGAUCGAUUCAUGCUAGGGGGUCCCACAUGUAUUCGAAUGUUUCGCUUAAACAGCCUGGGGCCGAAAUUUAAACGUCAACUCUCCCAGCUACAGCAAAGUACGUGUGAUCUUGUCCUCACACCACCAGGCAGUUUCUGGACGAUGCAGCGUCUGGUGGAAUUGGCCCAACCAUCUGCCUCUGCAGGACUUGGUCUCCUUUUCCAACAAGGUCCUAUUCGUCUUGAGCUCAACUUUGGCUUACCAAUCAUGGCUCGAUGUGGAGAUGGUCUUCGUAAAGGGCUCCAAUUCGGGAUUGGUAUCGAUUUUCUAUAG